CCCGGCACUCCCCGCGAGGCCCCGGCUCCUGGGGUCACCUUUCCGAGCCUUUGGCCUUCCGCCGUUCGUGCUGCCGGCCUGGGCUCGUGCGCGAGGCCCUGCUUUGCAGAAACCAGCCACGAUGUUGCAGAACUUGAUGAAAAAUGUUUGGACUCCACUGAAGCCCUACUAUACCCAGGUUUACCAGGAGAUCUGGAUAGGAAUGGGUGUGAUGGGGUACAUUGUUUACAAAAUCAGAAGUGCUGAUAAAAAAAGCAAAGCUUUGAAAGGUUCAGAUUCAGCUGCUCCUGCUCAUGGACAUCAUUAACUGAAUUUACCUUAGGAUUAUGCAUAAUGUGAAACAUCAGGCUGGCUGUAAAUUUGGGCAUUUGACCAUAGAAGAAAGAAUGCAAGGGUUUCCCAUGUUAACUUUUAGGCUUUUGUUCAUACAGUGAAAUAAAGUCAUAUAUAUACAAGGAAA